AUAAGGAUAACCCAACUCCUGCCUUUGAACUUUACCAAUUCGGAACAAGAUCUCGUUCUUGAGAGACAAGUUUUAUUUAUAUAUUAGGGUUUGUUAGAUUAGAUAGAGAGGCAUCUCAUCUCAUCGUUUCAUCAACAAAAAUAAAAAUAGUGAUCCAUCUAUCUAUCCCAUCGGAAGAUCGACGACAAAGGGUGGGUGCAGCGACAACCGCAGCACCAGAAAGAAUGGAGAAUCACAGGCUUGCGCGGGCAGUGCUUCCGAUGAGCGUGAGGUGCGAUACAUGCCAGGGCCACAUGCUCAAGGGCGCCAAAUUCAACAUCAGAAAAGAAGAAGUGGCCGGCGAGGCGCAUUUAGGGAUCCAAAUCUGGCGAUUUUACUUCCGGUGCAGCCAUUGCUUGGCAGUUUUCACGCUGAGGUCGGACCCCAAGAAUUCAGAUUUCGCAGUUGAAGCCGGGGCGACCAGGCAGAAGAACUUGGAGCUGGAGCCGCUGGGCGCCGCGCUUGAUGAGGUCCAAGUCGCUGCUGCUGCUCAAGUCUGAGUCGAGCGGAAGCCACCAUGAAUGAUGAUAGCCUUGCUUCUGAUUCGCUCCCCAUAUGCUAGUGCUUGCAAUUUCAAUUUCAAUUUCCCGCCGUUGUUUUGUUUUUGUUUUUCGUUGUAUUCCUUUCAAUUGUAUCUUGUUUUUAUUACUCGGGAUGGAUGGAUUUAGAUUAUCAGCAAGUUCAAAUUCUCUACAAAACUUUCUCCAACUCAAAAAUUCCAGCUCCAAAUUGAUACAUAACAAUCACAAUUUAUGUUACUUCAAAAGAACAAUCCAUCUAUUAUGUAAAUUAAAAGAAAAAUACAUUUUAAACGGUAUAAAUAUAAUAACAAAAUCAAAAAAUAAAUUGCAACUAACUUCCAAACCACCGUCUAUCAUGAUAAACCACGUUGUUAUCGCAUUUCGAUUAAAAAAAACAAUUUUAAGUCGAAUACAUAUUUAAUAUGCAG